CCAGUGAGCAUUAUGUUGUGGAGGUGAAGGUUCCAGCGAGAAUGUUUGAGUCGCUGCCUCUGCAGAUUAAAGAAGGACAAUUGCUUCAUGUGUAUCCAGUACUUUUUAAUGUUGGAAUUAAUGAACAGCAAACUCUUGCGGAGAGGUUUGGGGAUGUCUCUUUGCAAGAAAGUAUUAAUCAGGAAAAUUUUGAACUUCUUAAAGAGUAUUGCACAAUAUUUAUGGAAAAGAUGCCUCCUGAUUACAUUUCACAUUUUCAAGAACAAAAUGAUUUAAAAGGAUUACUAGAAAAUCUCCAUCAAAAUAUCCAAGCCAAAAAGAGAAAGAAUGUAGAAAUCAUGUGGCUGGCUGCAACGAUUUGUCGCAAACUAAAUGGCAUUCGUUUCACCUGUUGUAAAAGUGCCAAAGACAGGACAUCGAUGUCUGUGACGCUUGAACAGUGCUCAAUCCUGAGAGAUGAGCAUCAGUUACACAAGGACUUCUUUAUCCGAGCACUGGAUUGUAUGAGAAGAGAAGGAUGCCGCAUAGAAAAUGUACUGAAGAAUAUCAAAUGCAGGAAGUAUGCUUUCAACAUGCUACAGCUGAUGGCUUUCCCCAAGUACUACAGACCUCCAGAGGGGACUUAUGGAAAAGCUGACACCUAAGUUUACCAACAUGUAAAUAAACAGGAACACAAAUACGCUUCCGUUGGAAAAUCUCCACUGUUUUUCUGUUUUCAUUGUCAUGAAUCUGUGGAGGGAGGUGAUCAGGAAUGUUCACCCAAAUCUAGGAAUUACUUGAAUUAGUUAUCAGCAUAUGACUCUGAAAGAAAUCCAUUAAACAAAUCUUAAAUCAUAUUGUGUUUCUAGUGCCAAGCUUCUAUGUAUUGAUCCUCGCUGGUUGAGAUCAGUUCAAAAAGUGUACAUUUCAUUCAUGGGAUUUUUAAUGAAAGACGUUCUGAGAAAACCUAAGUUGCUUCAGGGGCCCUGGAGGUGAUUCAGAGAGUGGCAUUCUCCACUCCAAAGCGAUGAUAGGAGAGUGUCUAGGGAAGAGAGGCUUUGAGAUAUCCCCCAUCCUUUCUCAUAUACAACCUGAGAGCCCAUUUGCAGGCUUUAAAAAUAUUUUUCUAGUGAAUGGAAAUUAGGAAGUGUUAGCUUGUGGAUACCUAACCAAGAUACCUGUUGAACCUGACUACAGAAGCAGUUCCUAUGUGCUUGUAAAGACUGUCAUCCUGUGAAGGUGUGACUGGUCCUCCUAAAAAUGUUGAUGGACAGUGUUAAUAAAGCAAUAAAAAUACUUUUCGAAAACAUGGUAUCUUUUCAAAACUCUGACUUGGAUUGAUUUACCCCAUCAGCCUAAACUUCAUGCAGUUAAGCUCAUGAAAGACUGUCAAAUGUCUUUGAGGUGUUUUCUAGCAUUUAUCUUAAUAUGUAUCGAUCAAUGAUGUAAGUAUGCACUGCCUGGCAUAGAUUAGUAUAUGUGAAUGAACCUUUUAAAUCUUAUGCUACCAUAAUUAAUGAUAAACCAAAACAAUUAUUUCUCCUAAACUGAAUUUCAAAUUUGCCCCUACUUGGUAAAAUAACACCAUGAGUUUCCUAAAACUACAAGUCAGAAAUUGCCUUAGAGAUCAUCAUGUAUAACAAUUUAAAUAUUAUAAAUGGCUAAACUAAAGUACAAGGAAGCUGUGUCCCCAAUUACUCAGCUAGAUGAUUUUAGAACCCUGGUUACAAUCCCUUCUUACCUUGUAGGUUGUGGCUUAUCCGAUCUGUGAAUUGCCACCCGAAAUAUAUACAUGAAAAUUUGGGAAGGAUACUGGUUAAAUAGGCCUUGGCAUGUAUUGCUGUAAUUGAAACUUAGAGUACAAAGGUCUAAAUAAAUGACAUUUAUUAAGAAUUUAUAUGUUUUCUUUUCUCAUCAGAGGAGCUGGCGAUCCAGAGCAUCAGUCUCCCUUGGAAAUGCCAAAGACUUGUUACAUAGACACCUCUUAGCAAUGACCACAUUCAACAAAUCAUCUGUAGCUUUCCUAGCUGAUAUGAUAGCUCCUCAACCAAGACACCUAUUGAAAUAAAGAUUCCAAGCAGAUCUCCAGGCUCAUGUUGGGCUUUUUAAAUUGCUGCAAUUUUAGAUAACCCUCUGGGGCUUUUAAUGCUAGAAUUGUCUAUCUGUUAUUUUAGUUAAGGACUUGUGGGCAUUAUACUUGAGGCAGUUGUCAAAAUAUUUACUGCGUUUUUCAUGAAAUGAUGCUGUGUGCUGUGGAUCUAUUCAUGGACAGGUUAUCUUGUUCUCCUUUAUACCUCAUUCUCAAUUUCACUGAGUAAAUAUAAUCUUCGAAUUGUUCAAUUUCAUUUAAAAAUGGUAGGGUUUGUGGUUAUUUUCAUUAUCCCACUGGAUUUAAGGUAAAGUGGUUGGUAUGACAGUGAUUCCCUUGAGUAACCAUGAAGCCACAUUCAGUAUAUCAGAUGGCAGUCUUGAGUUCCAAGAUACCUUAAGUGAUUUAUAUCUUGUAAAUAGUCUUAUGAGCAAUAGUUUUGUUUGUAUUUUUAAAAAUGAAACCUCUUGAUUCAAAUAUGGAAAAAAAAUAUUUAUUAACCAGAAAACCAACUGUAGGGUUUUCUAUUUGUGGAAGACAUUUCAAAGUUUUGUGUUUUGUUUUGUUUUUUUUUUUCUUUUCUAUGAAGUACUAUUAUAGAAGUUCUCAAAGAAUAGAACUUACUAUAAUACAAAUGAAAGUAAUGUACUUUCUCAUUUAUUAUUAACAUAGUUUUCUGUAUUCCUCUAAUGGAAACCUGUAUUUGUUCAUGUUCUAAAAGUAGAUUUCAUCAAGGAAAUGUUUUUUCAUAGCUACAAUAAUGUCACCCCUUUCCUGAGAGAUAUUUCAAGUAUGCUUGGAAAACUACUUCAUUAUUUCUUAAGUUACUAAACCUUUCUAAAUCAAAGAGGAAAUGUUAUACAAAAAGUUUUAAAAUCUCUUGUGUACAAACACAGGCUAAGUCAUGCUUCUCUGUUUCCAUUUUCAUUUAAAAGAUGCACCAGUCAUUCUAUUUGAAGAGAUCACAUUGAGUCAGACACUGAACCAAGAAAACAUUUCCAAACAAGAUAAUUUUUUUGCUCAGAAACAUGUUUGCCCUCUGAUGUCAUCAAAAGUAGAUAAUACUUCAGUAUUAGCUAUUUACAAAGUCCUACAGAAAACAUACUUUAAAACAAGGGAAAAUGCAAUCCUAGUUAUGUUUGACCCAGUGACCUAAGAUCCAGAGCCUGAAAAAUGUUCUGCAGAAUAGCUCAAUGUAAAAGUUUGAAAUAUUUUAUUGAAGCAGACCCAUAUUUUAGAUGUACCCUUGCAUUUAUUUCUUGUGUGGUUGUUUCUUUUUUGUCAGUAUUAACUUGGGUUUUGUCAACACUCUGCCCAAACAAUCCUUUGAUGUAAACAGUUUGGUCAACCCAGUAAUCCCAUGUGUCAGAGCAAAUAUUUGAUCCUGUUGACAGAUUGUACUGAAAUGACCAGCUGCCCAGUGGGAGCAGGACACCAGGUAACUAAGCUCCAGUCUUUACUUUAUAAGACUAUGACCUCUUGUUCUGAGGAUGUGAGGUCUUAAAAGCAAGCAUCUGGGUGGGAGAUACGUCCCUUUUUUUUCUCUCAAAUAAGUAUGGUGUUUUGCCUACAAUAAGACAGUGGGAGAGAAGAAGAUUCAUGCUUUUCUUCCCAAGCAAAUCCAGGCCCCUCCUAUGUAAAGUUUGCUAGGUGCUGAGAAUAGGAUAAUAGCGGUGUGCUAGAAACUGGCUGGUGCUGACUCACGAUACUUGACCAUUAAAUCCUGCAGGCCGGUUUUCAAAACACAACCAUCAUUAAAUAUUAAAUUACAGAACACAAUUGAAUAAAUCUUAUUAAAAAUGAUAAUCAAAGCUUAAUGCAGCCUAAUUAUUUUACUAUAUUGUACUGUUUAUAUCUGCUGCUGAGGUUAUUUAUGCCAAUUGUAUCAGUGGAAACAUGAUGUUUAUAAAGUGCUAACUGGGCCUCACUUCCUGACUCCGCAUGCAGUAACAUCACAUAGGUAGCUUGAAAUUGACCAUGGUGGGUGUUACACCCUGGAAACUGCCAAAUGCUACCAACCCAUACUUUGAAUUCCUGGAAAACCACGUGUUAAACAUUGACCAGUGCAAAACUGGAUACCUCCUUCACUUUUUCUCCAGAAAAUAAUCACUACUUGGAAGCAGUAUUAAAUUAUUAAAAUGAUACUAAGUGCAGUCACCCUCAGAGGGCUACAGUUUUGACUUGGUUUAUGCCCUCUUUAAAGACUCCUGUUAGACUAUAAGUAAUAUUUGCUGUUUAUGUUUAUUCAUAUUUAAAACAGUCAUAGAAAUUCAUUUAAAAAUAUAUCUCUUGGGGACUCCCUUGGUGGCCUAGUUGCUCCACUCCACUGGACUCUAUGCUUCCAAUUCACAGAGCACAGAUUGGAUCCCUGGUCAAGGAACUAAUGCCCCGCUGUGUGGCCAAAAAGUGAAAUUUUAAAAAAUAAAUAGAUAAAAAUGUAUCUCUCUAUGAUGUUCUGCAAGGGAAAUCUGAGCAAUGCAGCUUUCGCCUAAGCAAUAACAACUUCAGGAAAAAUUCAGGGAAAUGUUAGCCUAAUUAGAAAAUCACUAAAAAUGCACUUCAGUGUCAGUUUUAAGUUUAUAAUUUUAGCAUUUCCUAAGAGCUAGAAAAGCAGUAACAUACUACCAGGCCCAGAUUCUAAUAAAUAUAGCUCAAUUGGAAACCAAACUGUUAGAUUAAACAAAUUAAACUCUGGCAGUAUACUAAAUCACACAAAUGUUUAGGUGUUUGAUUUCCAAACAGGAUGGUCUAUCAGUGGUUUCAUUCAACAUAUAGGCCACCUUUUAUAAUCUUUUGAGAAAUAAAUCAACUUUCAUCACAGGUUUAAGAAACUGGUCUGAGAAAAACUGUGAUCAGCAGCUGCAUAGUGAAGCAAAUAUAUUAAACACAAGGCAUCUCUAAUAGCUGGAGGCUUUACAGAUUAUGUGCCACUUAAGAGAAGAAUUUGCUGAGAGUUGUAUAGUGGAUUGACAAUUUUAGGUAAAUUCACAGAAUCCACAUUCAUUUAGCCCAGCUGCAAUCUGCAAGAGUUUUGCUUUUUCCCCCCUCCAUAUUUAUGUUUCAUUACUUUAUAAAGAAACUACCAAUGUAUUAGAUCUUUUGUUUCUUUGGAAGAAACUUGUUACAACUUUCCAAACAGACGUUAUCUCUAGCAAAAGCUUCAAGAACAGAAAAAUGCAGUUAAUGUUUUAGAUAAAAUAUGGAGGGCCAAUUAGGUAUAAAGUUAAGGUAUGGACAUUUGGGCUUUUUCUUUCUGAGUUAUAGUGCAGAUUAAACACUCUUAGUUUUAUUUCUAAGCAUGUAAGAGGAAAUCUAAAGCAUUUCUGAUGUCAAAGAAAUAAAUCAUAUCUGGCUAUUAGUAUCAAGGAGGUAGGAAAACAUUGUAAGGUAGUAUUAACUUAAAAGAUGUACAUGCCACCAGCUCUCCUGAGCAUAAACUUUUCUAGAUUGCAUGAAUAGUCAAAAUUUUAAAUUUAAAAAGGAAAACAUGACUCACAGUUAAGUAGAGUAGGCAGAGAGACUGAACAUUAGAGAGAAGACCUACUACAAGUGUUGUUGCCUGGUAAACCGUAUGUGGCUUAUCUUUCAUGCUGUCUUCAGUUGCUCUGUCGUGCCUAGCUCUUUGCAAUCCCGUGGGCUGUAGCCCACCAGGUUUCUCUCUCCAUGGGAUUCCCCAGGUAAGAAUACUUGAGAGGGUUGCCAUUUCCUCCUCCAGGGGAUAUUCCUGACCUAGAGAUGUCUCCUGCAGCUCCAGCAUUGGCAGGUAUAGUCGUUACCACUAAGCCACUUAUCUUUUAGUCUUUCUUUAAGAUGUUGCACUUUCAUACUCAUGGUAUGAAACAUUCAUAGUCUUCCUAAAUUAUCAGAAUAUUCUAAGGUCAUACAAGGGUGCAACUCAACAGUACAUCUUUAAUGAUGACUUGGUGCAAUUUUAUUGACUGGCAGGCAGUAUUGACUCAAAUAUUAGCAAGAUUGCUCUAUUAUCUCUAUAUUAGUAGCUCUUAUGAUGCUUUUAUAUCACUAUAAAUAUUAAAAGCCAUUUCAUGUCAGAGAGCUUUCAGAUUUUAAAAGGCAGAUGCCACAUUUCUGUAACUGUAUAGACACUCCCAUUUCACCUCACAUGUGCAAUCCUUUGUACACAUACACUCUUGUACAUAUUUUAUUAUUUUAUUUAACCUAAUAUGUGAUUUUCAGAUUCUUGUGGUACUUAGCUGAAACAUUUGCAUUUGUUUUCUUUUAGUGUUAAAUAUAUAUUCCAGAUCAACCAAUAAUGUGUAGUCCUAAGAAAUGAGGCACAAAUAGGUUAGAUCACUUCAUAUUGUCAUUUGAAGAAAAAUCAUUUUGUUUUAUUGUUCUGUGAAAACCAUAUUCAUUGUACAUUGUGUAUAUUUUUUUAAUAAAUGUGAUUUUUAUUUUUUA